AUGCUGAUAACUUGCGGAAUGAUGAGGUUGAUUAUCUUUAUUUUAAAAUUGAUAGAAUAGAGCACAUUUUGGCUCUAAGUUCACAGGUUGUGGAUAUCGAAUGCAGUGUAUUUCAGUAUGUAAGGGAUGCUAAGGAACUUAAAGCAGAUGAGUUGGACUGGGUCUCUACGAUAAUGAUCAAGGAUAUUGUACACAAAAAGUCUUAA